AUGGGCAGUGAACCCGAAUCCCCUUCCGACUCCCCGCGCCAUCGCAGUAAGCGCAUCGCCUGCAGACAAUGCCGCCAGGCCAAGCUCCGAUGUGAGGUAUCAACCGGGGGGGCUAUCCCCUGUUCUCGAUGUCGACGCUUAGGGUAUGACUGCAAGCUGGAUACGGCCUUUCAACGCGUCAACCGGCGAGAGAGGCUGGAGGAAUUGGAGAAAGAAGUCCAACAUCUCCGCUCCUCCGUGUCGACCAUCCCGGCCACUCAACAGCCACUUCCAAGCCUCCCAACUCCUAGCGAAUCGUACAGCGCCGCUACUUCCAUUGUCGACCCCGAGUCGUCCGGAGCGCCGCUAAGAUUCAGUUUCUUCCAACGCUACCAUCCCUAUGUGCCUCUAUUGGAUCCCGCCAUUACCGCGGAUCAAUACUAUGCGCGAUCUGCCCUCUUGUUCUGGGUCAUCAUCCUCGUGGCCUCGCGCCGGUAUACCGACGAGCCAGGACUGUUUGUCACUCUAACUGCCCCAGUCAAGAGACUCCUCUGGGACACGAUCGCCAAUCCCCCGCACACCUGGCAUGUCGUGCAAUCCAUUCUCCUGGUAUGUCUGUGGCCAUUUCCCACCUCGUCGCUUUCAUCCGACAUCACCUCCAUCCUCGUCUCCACCGCGCAGACCAUCGCCGUUCGAAUGGGCCUGCACCGUCCAGAAGCCAUCCAAGACUUUUCCCGAACCAAGCGACGAUUAAAUGUAGAUGAAAUGGCAGAAGUGGCUCGAACGUGGGCCACGUGCUACAUAACCGCCCAAAUCAUCGCCACAAUCGACGGACAAAUCUGGGUGACAUCCGACUGGAUGGUCGACCGGCUGUGCGACCGCGAUGGCACCGGCAUGAUCCCCACCUCGCUGAAGCACCAAUUGCUCAUCUCCCGCUUCUCCGCCCGCGUCGGCCAAUUCAUGUCCGGCCAUCCCCAGGGGCCAACUGGCCUGCCUCGUCCAGGCGAGGUCAUGUCCCUGCUAGCCCUACUCGAACGGGAAUACACCGAGCUCGCCUCCACCCUCACAAGCCAAAUCUCAGAAGAAAACAAAAUCCUCCUCAACUUCAUCGCCCUCCAACUCUACGUCUUCUACCUACUGGAAGACACCGACUCCGACACCCGCAAACGCGGCCUUCUGCGCGCCUACACCAUCGCCCUCGAAACCAUCACCACCAUGAACCACCUCGAAACCCUAACCGACACCAUGCCCUUCGGUCCGAUCUCCUACUUCCGGGCUCUUUCCAUCGCCGCCAUGUUCAUCCUCAAACUCAGCUACUCAAAUCUAGGCCCUUUUCUGGACCUAGAAACCGGAAAACGAUGCUUCAAUUCCGCAAUCAUGCUCACCCGACGCAUCUCCAUCGAGGAUAAUGAUCUCCCCGGUAGGACGUCGAAAAUACUAACCCAGUUAUGGAGUGCCCAGGCACGUACCGGACAGAGGGACAAGGGACCCGGGUUGAGACUGAAGACCCGUUUGGCGGCGAGUCUGGUGCAUGAUUCGAUGUGGGCGUGGAGGGAACAGUUUGGAGGGCAGAUGAGUGGGGUUAAUACGCCGUUGGGGGGGAUGAGAGGACCGAAUAAUGUUCAGGAACCGGGGAUGUCUGUCCCAAAUGACGGGAGCGGAACAGAGGGUUUGUCGUUGGAGGAUGUUGUCGAUGCGGAACUGCUUGCUUUGUUGCCGUUUAGUUUGGAGGGGGAUGAUAUUCUUGCUGCGCAGGGGGGGUGCUAA